AUGAGUCGUUAGAAUAAACAAGAAGGAUACAUGCUGUGUUUUAAGGACUAAAAGAUAUGUUAGCACAAAUGAGUGUUAAUUUCAUAUUAAAAUGUAUUUUGUGCCACUAUAAUUUCGUUUAGAAAUAUCUUAUUCGGUAAAACAACGCCCAACGGAUAGCCACCUUGUACAGAAGACAACUCCGUAGCUAGCUUACUAGCUAGCUAGCUACUGUUUACAUUUCUGUUCAAGCAUUUACAUCGUAUCGCACUGACUGAGAUUGGAUUAUUUUAUUUCUGAAGUAUGGCAGAGUUGCACAUGGAGGCCAGCACUACUGGCAUUAUAGAACAGACCGAACACCGUGAAAUCCGUGGUUCCGUUAGGCUACCCUCGCCCACUAUUGUAAUUCCAGCACGGAGUGGUUUGGCCAGUCCAGGAGUAUCUGCAUCUAGAGCAGUAUUUGGUUUUCCGAUGAAGAGUAACCCUAGUUCCCCGUCAGAGCCCACGGAGAAGCCUGAGUCCCGGUGGGUUCGUCUUAAUGUUGGUGGAACCUACUUCGUCACAACAAAACAGACCUUGUGUCGGGAACCCAAAUCAUUCCUUUAUCGAUUAUGUCAGGAAGAUCCAGAUCUGGAUUCUGAUAAGGAUGAGACAGGGGCAUACUUGAUUGACAGAGAUCCAACAUAUUUUGGACCCAUUCUGAAUUACCUGCGGCAUGGAAAACUGAUCAUCAACAAGAACCUGGCAGAGGAGGGUGUCCUUGAGGAGGCGGAGUUCUACAACAUUGCAUCUCUCGUCAGGCUGGUGAAGGAGAGAAUACGAGAUAACGAGAACAGGACGUCUCAGGGUCCCGUGAAGCAUGUGUAUCGUGUGCUGCAGUGUCAGGAGGAGGAGCUUACACAGAUGGUCUCCACCAUGUCAGACGGCUGGAAGUUUGAGCAGCUCAUUAGCAUUGGCUCCUCCUACAACUAUGGCAGCGAGGACCAGGCAGAGUUCCUGUGCGUGGUUUCCCGGGAACUGAACAACUCUACCAAUGGCAUUGUGAUUGAACCCACUGAGAAAGCUAAGAUCCUCCAGGAGAGAGGCUCACGGAUGUAACGACAGCUGUAUGUCUGAAACCAUCUCCCAUUCCUCACCUCCUUCCCUAGUACCACCCUGCCAUCACACAACCUCCUUACCCUGCUCCACCGACACACCUCCCUUGUGCCUUCCCGCAAUGGGGGUAUUUGGCCCUUCUCCCUAUAGUGCUGCAAACUCAUCCACCUCUAGCACCACCCUCAGACAUGUCGACGGUGUCCUGCCUGAAGAGCGUGGAGGAGAAUUUGUCUGAGAAAUUGUCUGUGUGUGGAGUCAGAGACGACAUGAUUUGGGUGGUCCUGCAGGGGCCUCUCAUGUCCCGUCUGUCUUUUCAGUCCUCUUUCCUGACGCGUCUCUUUUCAACGCUAGAGCACCACCCUCGCCAACACCACAACAACACCUGACCAGGCCCAGAAUGGAAACUCCAGUCACCAGGCCUGUUAGCCGCUUCCUACAUGACCAGUAUCUCCUCAGGACUGUCACUGGUCUGAAAGGUUGAGAAAGCAGAACUCACCCAUUCCCAGUCUCUCCUUUAACACAACACACACAUCAACAAACAUAUGUGACUUAAGCAAACACAGUUAUAUCAACCAUAACAGUCUGUUCAGUAUCUGCCCUACCACACCCUGGGCCUGCAGAGUAUCAACAGGAAUUAGGCAGGGUCUCAGCAGAGGUGACAGGCAGGCUUAUGUGGAAGUUUUUGCUCUCUUUCUGUUUUGUGUUCAAGCUUUCAUGCUUGAGUGUAUUUAGGACUAGACAGAGAAGAGAAGACAUUGAUGCAGAAGUUUGGUUCACUCUGCUCACACCUGUGCACCACUGUCAGUCUAAAGAUGCCUCACCUUUCUAAUCUGCUCAGGUUGACACACUGGUCACCCUGGAAACAACGUGGCCCUGUUGGAUCGCUGUAUUCAGUACAAAAUGACAUCAUCAUAUUCAAACAGCCCAAAACACAGCCUGUGUAGGGCAUGUGAAGAUUAAAACACAUACUCGCACGCGCGCACACACACACACACACAUUUGUAUACACACAUACAUUCACACAUGCAAAUAAAUAUGUAUAUGAGUAUGUUGAAUGCAAAGCAAGUAAUGUAAUUGUUGAUAUCUGUACCAUGGUGGUCAUAUAUGUGAAUGGAAGUGAUUUAGCACGUUUGAUUCUGGGAGACCCUGAGUCUUCUGGCCCUGUUCUCACAUACACCCUCUAAUGGUCAGUUACCAGGGUGUUAAUCUCUCUGCGAAUUAUGUUUUCUGCCGCGUUUUUUUCUGUUUUUCUGUUUAUGACCGG